GUCUCGGCCGGGGCCGUUACCGUUGCCUCCGGGAGGCUGUGGCGGCCGCGGCAGCUCCCGGCGUUCGCACAGGGCAGCGGGCCGCCCCUCGCCCGUGGCCGCCUCGAGCAGCCCGGCGCUGGGACGGGGGAGGCGAGACGGCGGCGGCGGGUUGUGCCCGCCCCCCCUCCUUGGCGGCUGCAGCCCCCGGGCGGCUGCGGACUCCGGGUAGCCCCAGGGCGGCGGCCCAGACGGCUGAGCCGACGGCGGGGGAUGGCGAGAUAGCGGCGCGGGAGCGGCCCUGCUUUUCUUUACACUAAUAGUUGGACUGGAGACUUGAUAAGCAUGCCCUCAGUUAUAAUCUUGAACUUGAAUCCCAUCAUUUGAAAAUUGACCCUGUAGUGGAUAUCUGAGGCAACAGUUGUGUCCAGUUGUUUAUGUCUCCUAAAGCCAGGGCAGCUUGAGUUUGAGUGUCUCCAAAGUUAUUAAGGGAUGAUGGACAUUUACUUAUGUUUGAGACGAUCAUUCGGGGUGGUGGACGAUAUAAGAAUGAAGACUAUUUCAAAUUUCCGGUGGCUGUUAUCAACAUUUGUUCUUCUGUAUCUAAUGAAUCAAGUAAAUAGUCAGAAAAAGGGGGCUCAUGACUUGAAGUGCAUAACUAACAAUUUACAAGUGUGGGACUGUUCGUGGAAAGCACCCUCUGGAACAGGCCAUGGCACUAUUUAUGAAGUUUGUAUUGAAAACAGGUCCCAUUCUUGUUAUCGAUCAGAAAAAACAAAUAUUAAAAUCCCAGCUCUUUCACCUGGUAAUCAUGAAAUAAUGAUAAAUUCUCUACAUGAUUUUGGAAGUUUUAAAAGUAAAUUUAUACUGAAUGAGAAAGACAUUUCCUUAAUUCCAGAUACUCCAGAGGUCUUGAGUUUGUCUGCUGAUUUCUCAACCUCUACAUUAUACCUAAAGUGGAAUGACAAGGGUUCUGUUUUUCCACGUCAUUCAAAUGUCAUCUGGGAAAUCAAAAUCCUACGUAAAGAGAGUAUGGAGCUCGUAAAAUUAAAGACCCACAACACAACUCUGAAUGGUAAAGAUACAGUUCAUCACUGGAGCUGGGCCUCAGACCUGCCCUUGGAGUGUGCCACUCAUUAUGUGGGGAUUAGAUGCUACAUUGAUAGUCUUCAUUUCUCUGGUCGCAAAGAGUGGAGUGACUGGAGCCCAGUGAAGAACAUUUCUUGGACUCCUGAUUCUCAGACUGAGGUUUUUCCUCAAGACAAAGUGAUACUUGUAGGCUCAGAUAUAACAUUUUGUUGUGUGAGUAAAGAAAAAGUGGUAUCAGCACAGAUUGGCCAAACGGAUUGUCCCCUUAUCCAUCUUGAUGGGGAAAAUGUGGCAAUCAGGAUCCAUAAUAUUUCUGUUUCUGCAAGUAGUGGAACAAAUGUGGUUUUCUCAACACAGGACAGCAUCUUAGGAACAGUUAUUUUUGUAGGAUAUCCGCCUGAUAUUCCUCAAAAACUGAAUUGUGAGACACAUGAUUUAAAAGAGAUUAUAUGUAGUUGGAAUCCAGGAAGACCAACAGCAUUGAUGGGCCCACGUGGAACAAGUUACACUUUAUUUGAAAGUUUUUCAGGAAAAUAUGUUAGAUCUAAAAGAGUUGAAGUGCCUACAAAUGAAAGCUAUCAGCUAUUUUUUCAAAUGCUUCCAAGUCAAGAAAUAUAUAAUUUUACUUUGAAUGCUCGCAAUCUUCUGGGUCAAUCAGAAUCAACAAUUUUAGUUAACAUAACUGAAAAAGUUUAUCUCCAUGCUCCUACUUCAUUCAAAGUGAAGGAUAUUAAUGCAACAGCUGUUAUACUUUCUUGGCAUUUAUCAGGCAACUUUGCAAAGAUUAAUCUUUUAUGUCAAAUUGAAAUUAGUAAAACUAAUUCAGUACAAGAAUUGCGGAAUGUCACUAUCAAAGGAGUAGAAAAUUCAGGUUAUCUCACUGCUGUGGGCAAGUUAAAUCCAUAUACUAUGUAUGCUUUUCGGAUUCGUUGUUCUACUGAAACUUUCUGGAAAUGGAGCAAAUGGAGCAAUGAAAAACAACAUUUAACCACAGAAGCCAUUCCUUCAAAGGGGCCAGAUACUUGGAGAGAGUGGAGUUCUGAUGGAAAAAAUUUAAUAAUCUAUUGGAAGCCUUUACCUAUGAACGAAGCUAAUGGAAAAAUACUUUCCUAUAAUGUAUCAUGUUCAUCAGAUGAGGAAACACAGUCUCUUUCUGAGAUCCCUGAUCCUCAGCACAAAGCAGAAAUAGAACUUGAUAGAAAUGACUACAUCAUCAGUGUGGUGGCAAAAAAUUCUGUUGGCUCAUCCCCACCUUCUAAAAUAGCUAGUAUGGAAAUUCCAAAUGAUGAUCUUAAAACAGAGCAUGCUGUUGGGAUGGGAAAGGGGAUUCUCCUCAGGUGGUAUCACAACCCCAAUGUGACUUGUGACUACGUGAUUAAAUGGUGCAACUCAUCUCAGUCCAAACCCUGCCUAAUGGACUGGAAGAAAGUUCCUUCCAACAGCACUGAAGCUUUAAUAGAGUCUGAUCAGUUUCGACCAGGUGUAAGAUAUAAUUUUUUCCUGUAUGGGUGCAGAAAUCAAGGUUAUCAAUUAUUACGUUACAUAAUUGGAUAUAUAGAAGAAUUGGCUCCACUUGUUGCACCAAAUUUUACUGUUGAGGAUACUUCUGCAGAUUCAAUAUUAGUAAAAUGGGAAGAUAUUCCUGUGGAAGAGCUUAGAGGCUUUUUAAGAGGAUAUUUAUUUUACUUUGAAAAAGGAGAGAGAGACACAUCUAAAAUGAGAGGUUUGGAAUCAGGUCGUUCCGAUGUAAAGGUUAAGAAUAUUACUGACAUAUCCCAGAAGACACUGAGAAUUGCUGAUCUUCAAGGUAAAACAAGUUACCACCUGGUGUUGCGAGCCUACACAGAUGGAGGAAUGGGCCCAGAGAAGAGCAUGUUUGUGGUGACAAAGGAAAAUUCUGUGGGAUUAAUUAUUGCCAUUCUCAUCCCAGUGGCAGUGGCUGUCAUUGUUGGAGUGGUAACAAGUAUCCUAUGCUAUCGGAAGCGAGAAUGGAUUAAAGAAACCUUCUACCCUGAUAUUCCAAAUCCAGAAAAUUGUAAAGCAUUACAGUUUCAAAAGAGUGUCUGUGAGGGAAGCAGUGCUCUUAAAACAUUGGAAAUGAAUCCUUGUACCCCAAAUAAUGUUGAGGUUCUGGAAACUCGAUCAACUGUUCCUAAAAUAGAAGAUACAGAAAUAAUUUCCCCAGUAGCUGAGCGUCCUGAAGAUAGCUCUGAUGCAGAACCUGAAAACCAUGUGGUUGUGUCCUAUUGUCCACCAAUCAUUGAGGAAGAAAUACCGAACCCAGUAGUGGAUGAAGCUGUAGGGACUUCACAAGUCAUCUACAUUGAUAUUCAAUCAAUGUAUCAGCCACAAGCAAAACCAGAGGAAGAACAAGAAAAUGACCCAGUAGGAGGAGCAGGCUAUAAGCCACAGCUGCACCUCCCCAUCAGUUCUACUGUAGAAGAUAUAGCUGCAGGAGGUGACGUAGAUGAAACUGCAGGGUACAGACCUCAGGCCAAUGUAAAUACUUGGAAUUUAGUGUCUCCAGACUCUCCUAGAUCCACAGACAGCAACAGUGAAGUUGUCUCAUUUGGAAGUCCAUGCUCCAUUAACUCCCGACAAUUUUUGAUUCCUCCUAAAGAUGAAGACUCUCCUAAAUCUAAUGGAGGAGGGUGGUCCUUUACAAACUUUUUCCAGAACAAACCAAAUGAUUAACAUGUCACCCUGUCACUUCAGUCUGCCAUCUCAAUAAGCUCUUAUUGCUAGUGUGACCAUGUCAGCACUAAGCAUUCUUGGAGGGAUCCUGUGAAGUAUUGUUAGUGAGGUGGACUUCACUACGUGCGAGUUACACUAAAAGUGUUAAAGUGCUUUUAACAUAAUCUAAAAGCCAAAGUAUAGUGACUCAGAAUCCUCAGUCCACAAAAUUCAAGAUUUGGAGCCAUUUGUGAUCGAGCCAAAGAAUUCUCAAGUGCUCUACCUUCUAGAAGCAUUUCAAGCUUAAUAUUGUCUAGUACAUAAAUGCGAAACAAAUCCCACAGUCACUGUUUUCCAUUCUGUUGUUAAUGGUUUUCUUGUAUGUAUGCUUUAUGGAACUGCAAAUGGAUUUGCGGGCAAGGAAGAAAAUUGUCAGAGUGACAAAUGAUGUUUAUUUUCCUGACAUUUACUCCAUUCUAGAUGAAAACCAAGCACAGAUUUUAAAAUGUUUAAGAUUCUCCUCCUCUAUCCAUAGCAUUUACAAAAAUUAAUAUAAUUUUUAAUGUAGCAACAGCUAUUUAGUGUUUUGUUUGAUAAAAUAUGCUGAUUUCUGUGCCUACUGUAUAAUGGUUAUCAAACAGUUGUCUCAGGGGUACAAACUUGGAAAAUGAGUGUGACACUGACCAGCCUCAAUCAGAAUUGUGUUUCCUUGCUUUGUAGGUUUUUCAAACUUUUCCAUUAUUUUUUAGCUUUUAUGCUAGCUUCCAUUAUUGCAGUUGGUUGCCCUAAUAUUUGAAAUUUAAAUUUCUAAACCUGUAGAUCCAAGUUUUAUUUUUAAAUUCAUUUUAUUUUGUGAUACAGUGUCAGCUUUAUAUGAGCAAAUUCAAUAUUAUUUAUAAGCUUAUACUCCCAGUGAUUUACUAUGUCAGAUGACUACUAAGCAAUAUCUAGCAGCAUUAAUUAUCCAUGUAGUUUUAAUUGGCUUUAGUGCCUCCUGCAAAGACCGUAUUAUUGAGCCCGUAGUCCUGGCAGUGACCUUUGCCACCUCCUUGCUGGUGUUCCUCCUGCUUGUGAGUCUUAGCACUUCCUCCUUCUUAAAUGAUCAUCAGUCCCGACUCUGAUCCAGUCCUCAAAUUUUCAAAUAUAGAACUAAAGAGAUAAUGCUUCUUAUAAGAACAGUUACUCAAGGGCUAUUUCCUCUGUCAUUAAACUGAUUCAAAUCAAUGGGCACACCUGUAGUACAGGUGCAGCAUUUGCCGGGUGAGCUGUGCAGUGCAGUUGUCUUCAUUGCAGCAUCCUCUGCCCACCCUUGUUUCUCGUAAGUGAUGUCUAGGGUGAUUGUGGUUCUUUGAAAAGCAGAAUAAUAACUAAAAAGUGUAUCCUGUAUUUUCCCUGCCCUCAGGUUGUCUAUGUAUUUUGUCUUUUGAUAGUUAAGGCAAAAGUACUUGAAAAUUUGAAAUAUCUGAAUAAGUUAACAAAUGCUUGUUUUUUAUCAUCUGAGGUUCUGUAAUGUAUUUGCAAAUAAUCAAUUAUUUUUUUCUAGCUCAUAAUGUAUCUUCUUAAAAAUUAUGUGGAAAAAAACCGUAGGGUAACAAUGGACAAGAUCUGUUUAUGUACUCUGUGUAUGAACCCUGAUUUUAACCGCUAGGAUUCAACUGAAUUCCUGAGCUUCAUGAUAUAUAGGUAUGUGGAAUGAAAUACAAUUAAUUAUGUGCACACAUAGUAUAUUUAAACAAUAUAAUAGCUCAUAGUAAUUUUCAAUAAUGAAAAACAUAUCAAACCAGAGCCAUCCCUAAACAGAAUUCUCUUCUUUUGUCUUCCUUUUUAAUUCUCUUUGGCUCCUUCUCUUAGAUGCUCCAGACACUUCGUCCUGGAGCUGCCUUCUGUCCCCUCCAAAGCUUGGUACCAUACUCUGCUUACCCUCAGCUCAUGCCACCUCAUUCCCCAUUAGAACUUAACAGUCGCAUUCUUUAUUGCUUUAAGACAAGCAUAAGUGUUGGCUAAGGUAAAAGCUUAUUAAUCUAAGCUACACUAACCUGAGGUAACAGGAAAAGGCCAGAAGAGACUGUUUUAUCUCUGUCAUCAAUAUAUGAGGCUACUUCAAAAAGUGCAUAGAAAGAUUCAGAUUAUCUUUCAAUUCUAUUUUUCCGUGAACUUUUUGAAGUACCCUCGUACAUGCAUUUCAACUGUGACCACCUGGAUUCAGUGACCUUUGUAACCUAUAUAAUAACCUAUUUGUUUGGCUGAUGGUGAAUAUCACUGGGGCUCUUGAGUCAUUUCAUUCUGUACAAACUUCACUGCUUUUCCUGUAUGAAAGAAGUUCAGAGUGCUGUUCACCUCUCUCCUACCUCUGGAGUUCCAUACACAAGGAUCAUUCAGUUAAUGAGAAGCAGAGUACUGCUCUACUAGUCUGGGCACACUCUGUAUAACUUGCUGUAUGCUUAGAAGAUUGUGCUUUAGGUCUGAGGCCUAAGCAGCUUUCCUUGUCUUUGCCCUUUGAAUUGAAGACAGCCAGCACAUUGUCACCUCUCUUAAAAGCCAAUUUACUUAUAAGCCAAUUUCAAAUCAAGCUUCCCUUGUGAGGAAUGAGAUUCUGGGGGUCAUUAUGACUGCAUUUCUUUUGUGAGUGGCUAUUUUAUAUGAACAAUAUUUAAUAUAAAAAUAUUCUUAAAGACUUAGCUAGGUUUUUGACACUAGGUAGACCUUGUGAGUUAUGUAUUGCAUGGAUUAGCACACACAUGCGAUAUAAGUCAUCCAUUUGUUGAACCUAUAGAGCCUUGGAUUUGAGAUUGUGGCCCUGAGCAUCUGGAUAGUUGAGUUGUGUUUAUGUGCUUAUGUGAUAGAGGUGCUUUGUUCCUGCAGCUUAGAAACAGAAGCAGCCAUUCAUUGAAAAGUUUAAAGGAGGAAGUAUCAGCCUCAUUUUCCAUACCAGCAUUACUUCCACGGCUCAUGGAUCUGAAGGAUUGCAUUUAGAACAUCUAGUUCUGUUGCACUCUCAGAAACUGGUAAAAAGUCACAUUCUCAAAACUUCAUGUAAAUUUUAUUCUUGUUAGAAAUUAGUGCUGUAAUUUCUUAAUUGUCUUCAUACUGUCCACAUUUAAAGAACAUAACAGUCCUUUCUGUAUUUGGAUAAUUACAUGUAGUUUAGUGAAGGAAACUAGGGAAUGUUUUCUUCCAAAGGGAAUUUGAAAUCCAUUUUAUGGUAUUUUAAAAUCACAGUACUCCUUAAUAUGUCAAUAUUAAAAAAAAAUGUUAUCUCAAAGUUUUCCACUGAUGAGGCACAUACUCUGAUAAAACUUUUUUUGUUUGUUUGCUGUAAGGUAAUUUUUGCUGUUUUCUAUUUUGAACUAUGUUAUAAAAAGUAUAAAAUUGUAUACCUUUUAUAAAAAGGCACUUUUCUUCUUAUUUUGAAAGUAUUAAAUUGGGCAUGUCUAGAGUAAAAUGUAGGAUCAUUAGCUACAAAAACUAGACACAGUGAAAGUUUAAUAACUAUUCAUGGAUUGAGUCUCAUCCCAGAGUGUUGCAAAUUCAAGACAAUUUUUCUGAAGGGUGGUACAGACCAAGAUGUAGCCUGUGUACAUCUGAGACUACCGGCUUAAAGACUCAAAUCCAGUAUAGAAGUGGCUCCACAGUCUGAGUGAAAACAUGGGAAAGACUCAUGCUUCUACAUCACUGGAUACUUAUUUCUCCAUAAUUUUUAAGUGAUCAUAGUUUCUCUUUUUUUGGUAGGAACAUGUUUGUACCAAGCAGAAUGUGUUCUGGCAAACAAAUUAUACAUUGAUCUGUGAGCUUAAUUGGUUAAUAUAAGUACUCAUUUUCUUGAUGAAAUAUUUCCUCAAAGCAUUUAUUUUAAACUGGUAUUUUCCUGAAACAUAGUUUCAUGGUGUCAUACCCGUCUUGUCUUUUAUAUCCAGAAGAAAAUUUUCAUCAGAAGAAAACGAUUUCUGGCCAAACUUAUAGAACAUGCAUCUUUUAGACACAGCCUUAGAAUUUCAUUGAAAUUACUUGGUUUGAAUUUGGUUUAUUUAUAUAUUCAUGGAUUAUGUACCAGGGCUAUUAAUACUUAAACCUAUUACUUCGCUAGGGUGGUUAGAUUUCUGUUCCUUUUUAAUUAGUGCUUUUGUCUUAACAUUUUUGUGAAAACUGAAAGUAGUGUUUUAAGGCUGAAGCCCUCUCAGUGUUUUUGUGUGUAAGUGCCUAGGUGAAGAACCAUAGAAUCAAUAAAUCCAAAAGUUAUAAUAAGUAAACUAUAACAAAUUGAACAUUAACCAAAUACAAAGCAAUGAUAACUUACAUUACUUUUUGGUUGCUGGAACAGAAUACCCUAAAAACUAAGAGAUGUGAAUAGGAAAAAAACGAAUGUCUAAUUGAUAAGUAUAUUGAUCUUUAUUACAUUACAUAUGUCUUCUGAGAUUGCCUUUGCCAUCAAAACUUAAAAAAAAAAGAACACAGACUUACAUUGCACUUAGCAUGAAGUACUUUGCACACCUGAUUGAAUAGCCCACUUAAAUUUAUUGAAUUUCCUUAUACAUUUAAAAUGUACUUCCCUUUAGAAUUAUUCCUUUUGAAAUGGGUAACUUUCACCUUCUGAACUUACUAUUCUUCCUAAGCAUUCCAGCAGUGUAUUAUAAAAGAUAAAAAGAUUUCUAGGUGGUAAUACAAUUUUCAUUAAAACAUGGAUAAUUAACUGUUAGGUUUAACAUUAUUAUAUUUGCAAUUGAUCAUAGAAAAGAACACUGAGUGAUGGUUUUUGUAAAAACAUUUUUCAAACAUCCCUCCCCUAAUUGAUCCCAAAUACUUCCCCCCAUUUUCUAAGACAUCGUAAGCUAGCGGUUCCUUCUAUUUUGCUUUUUCCUUCUAAUGCAGUAUUUAGGAAAAAUAUGAAUAACAUUGUGGAUAGUUGAAGACAAUGCAAAAAAAAAGAACCCUAUUCAGUUCCUUGGGAGGGGUGGGUGUUAUGUGAUCGAUACCCUAAGAUUUGGUCUAUCCUAUUAUUUUCUCAAAAAGGAGCAUGGCUUUUUCUUACAUACGUUUCAAUUCAGAGUUGCUUGAAAAAGAUUGGCCUGGCUAGAAAGGCAGGCAUCCUAAGUUUGAGAUUGUGCCACCUUAAAGGUAUGUUCAAAGAUAAAAUAAGUCAUUUAAAAAUACUCAACUUUCCUAGUAGUUUCUACCUUUUCUUCUCUUUCAUUAGCUGGCCAUAAAUCAAGGUCCUUAUAGCACUAGGAAAUAACCAUUUUUUACUUUCAAAAUUGCAUUACAGUGAAUUACUGUUUACAAAAUACACAUACUGUGAACAGAUACAAGUUUUUGUCUUUUAUAAGGUUGUUUGUAGAAUGAAUGUUUUUUUUAAAAGGGAUGUUAUAUGUUAAUAUUUUCAGUUUUUUAUAAAUACUAGUAACUGUUUACUAAUUUUUGUUUGGUCAGGUGUGUAUAAAUGUAGCUGAAAGAAAAUAGGGAGAAACUGCAGAUCCGAAACUGUUCCCUUGUUCAUUUCUUGCAAUGUUACCACUACAGACUUUUUUUUUUAACAUGAAUGAUCAAUUGUGAUGUGUUGUACCUAAAAUCAUGUUUAGCCAUAUAAGGAAACAUUUAAAUAUACAUAUACAGGAAGUAAACUAUAGAUGGAAGUAUAUUUGUGUGAUUCAGUCUGAUUCACAGAAUUCUGUGUUUAAUAUGGAAUAAAACAACUCCACUUACAGAGAUGACAAUUGAAGUAUUUCCAGCCUUGUGAAAAUUUGGAUAUUAUGUUGCCGUUAGAAAGGGAAAUUUGGACAUUUUAUAUCAUCAUAUAAUUUCAGGAUUUAGUUUCCAUAUCAUUUGGAAAACAUGAUUAUAGCAAGAAUGUAGAAUAUAAGUAACCUAUUACUAAGUCACCAUAAAUAUAAAACUAGUAUGCUUGGCUGUUAACUCUAAAGAUAUUACUUAUGUCUGUUUUUAAAA